AUGAAAAAAACAUUAACCAAUUUUCUUUUAACACAAUUAUUGUUGGUUAUUUUGAUUGCCAAUUCAUUAUUGAUCAACGCAGAUCAAUUAAAUUAUAAAGCUGAACGCGACCAUUCAACAGUUAGAAAUAUCAUCGUGGGAAGCUUUACUGGAGGAUGGAGUCAUUUGAGACCUUUGUUAGAUAUAUCUAAAAUUCUAGUCGAACGUGGUUAUAAUGUUACGCUACUUUCGCCAGGUAGUUAUUCUUCAAAGCCUGAAUAUGAAAAAAUUAAACAUUAUUCUAUAGGUACAAAUACCAUCGAUGCAAGAAAACAAUUCGAAAAAAUAGUUUACGGAAAAGCAACUAGCUCAUUUAUAUCCGCAGUUAUCAAGACGAUAAGUGAUAGAUAUUUAAAUCAACAUUAUGUUUAUGAAAGAGUGUCCAAUGAAGUGAAGCCGGACUUGUUUCUUUGUGAUUUUGUGAAUAAUGAAGUGUGCUUCGAUAUGGCUUGGAAAUUGAAGAAGCCUAUGGUUUCUUUGGGAGUCGGAUUAACAAUUCUUGAGCAACCACCAUAUAAAUCUGAUCCAUUAUUUGGUUGUCAUGUAAAUAUGGAAAACGAAUCGUUUCUAGAAAGACUCAGGUGCUUUUUAACCCCAAAAGUCAUAAUGGCUUUGUCAUCUCUUCCUGAAAUUUCAAAGAUAAAUGAAAUUAGGGCAAAAGUAGGUAUUGCUCCUACCGAUCUAUAUGAAAGAACUAAAGAAAAUUUAUAUUUGUCUGAUACAUUUUCUGGAUUUGACGUUCCAUUUCCAUCAUCGCCGAUCCUUCAGGAAAUUGGACCUAUAAUGUCAGAUAGUUAUCCACCAUUAUCACCAGAAACAAAAAAAUUUCUAGAUAAUCAUCCGCGUACAAUGCUAGUAGCGUUUGGCACACAAUUCUAUGUUUCAGAAAGAAACAAUGGAAUAUUAUUACAAUCAUUUAUCGAAGCAAUUGAGAAUAAUGUGCUUGAUGGUGUGAUUUGGGGAUUAUCAAAUAUAAUACUUGAAGAAAUACCCAAAACCAUAACUUUAUCAAAUGGCAAAGAGUUCGAUACAAUUGAUAUAAUCAACAACAAACAUCCAAAUAUUCAUAUUUUAUCAUUUGCACCACAAUUUUCGAUUUUGGCACAUGAAAAUUGUAAAGUAUUUUUAAGUCAUACCGGAGCAAGUAGUGCUAAUGAAGCAUUGUAUAACGGUAAACCUAUAUUAGCACUACCAAUUGCUUUGGAUCAACAUGGAAAUGCAGAGAAAUUGGAAAAGUUUGCUGGAGUUGCUUUAACUUUAGACAAGAUGACUUUAAACGUUGAAGAAAUUUUAAUCAAGUUACAACGAUUGUUACGUGAAGAAAAAUUUAAGAUUAAUGGCGAAAAAAUGAAAUUUUUGGCUAGAAUUAAUAGUAAAAGAAAACACAGGGCUGCCGAUUUGAUUGAAUAUACAAUUCAAGCACAUGAAUCAAAGGAAAAAUUAAACAAUUCUGAAACAAGAAUAAAUAAUAAUAUUAAAGUCAAUAUAUGGGGCCUGAUCAAUAGAAACGAGGCAUGUCAAAAAAAUCAUGUUUUAGAAAAUCAACAAAUAAGAUUUUGA